UCCACGUGCGUGCCUUCAAUUUCCAUCCGCUCAUGCACAUCUCCUCGAGUCGAGUCGACCGGAACCAACCAAGAAGGGUUUGAUCGCAAUUCGCCCCGGCAAUCUCCAUUAUUCCUUGCUCGACCCGAUUGCAGCAAUCAUGGCCCCUCCCUGGGUCUUGCUCCACCGCAUAGUGCACUUCGUCGAUGGAGGAGCGGCGGUAAACGGAGGCACGAGCAAAGGCGGAGGCGGAGGAGUCACCGGCGAUUCCGAUCCGUAUGCGAGCCCGCUAGGUGCGCUGGAGGCCAUGGAGCCCAAUCCGGCCAUCGUCGACCCCCCUCAGGUGACCUACUUGACCAUGCUGACGCAGACGCCCGCCGAGCAGAUGCCAAGGGUACGUUUUGGCGUGAUCUCGAGCACCGACAAGGGCCUCGUCGUCCUCUACACCGGCAGCUACCGACCUGGCAGCGGCUGCCUCGCUGGGGACGGAGGCUACCUGGUGUACGACGCCUCCAACAACUCCCUCUCAGCGAUCCCCCCGCUUCCCGAUUCACCCGCCUCCACAAGCCCGCUUCCCGGUUUACCCACCACCAACACCAAGUGCCUUGGGCGCAGCGCGGCCAUCAUGCGCCUCGGCCACGGCGGGGAGGGCGCCUACGUUCUCGCCGAGCUCGUCACCUCGUACUGGGACUCUGGGCUACCCGACGCCGAUCUCUGCCUGUGGUGGUGGUGGUCGUCGUCCACCACGAACCCGGCCGGCCAGUGGAUCCGGAAGGCAGUGCGUCUCCCUCUCCCUUCCGCGCUGUUUUCCAUCGACAUGGCCUUCUCGUGUGCGGGCUCUCGCGUUUGCUGGGUUGAUCUCUUCACAGGCGUCUUGAUCUGCGACCUGUUCACGCCUCAAGGGCCCGAGUUCAGCUUCAUCCCGUUGCCCGAGGGGCACUGUCAGUAUACCCCCAACAAUCGCCGGCUUUGUCCCAAUCCUGAAGCGUUCCGUUCCAUGGGCUGCGUCUGCGGCGCCAUCAAGUUUGUCGCCGUGAUGGACUACUCCCAAGGUAUGCCCUCCAAUGAAAGAGCGUUGAAAACCUGGAAUUUGUCCCCUGAUUUCAAGGAGUGGAAGGAAGGCUCGGCUCUACCUGUGGGAGAUCUCUGGGCAAGCGAGAGCUUCAACGAAAUGGGGCUGCCGCGGGUCAGGCCGAGGUGCCCCGUCCUCAGCACGAAUGAAGAUGAGGUCAUCUAUAUCGCUCUGAAUGAUAUCGAGUAUGUGGACAAUGCUAACGUAUUCGAGGAGUUUACGGGGAGGCGCCCGGUGCUCAAAGCCCAUUAUAUGCUUCGCCUGGACUUGCUGCAAAACAAGGUCCUGUCUUCCGACAAGAGCUCUGGAAACAAUUUGGCAUUGCUUGCACCCAUGCUCCUGGCUAGUGACUUGAGUGCAUACCGACAUCGCUCAAAGGACCACAAGAGAGGGGAAGAAGCAUGCUAGGUAGGAGCUAUCGUGAAGCGGAUGAAGUACUGAAUGAAUGAUUUCUGCAAGUUUUUUUUCCUGCUAGAGAGGGGAAGAAGCAAGGAAGGUAGAGCUAUCGUGAAGUGGAUGAAGUACUGAAUGAAUGAUUUCUGCAACAUAUCAUGUGCUAGAGAUUCUGUCUCUUGGUUUUGCUUACCUUCUGUGAGAUGCGAGGUUAAAUUUGUUUUAUUUAACUAGAAGACUAUCUUAGCAUCAUAAGAGUUUAGCUAUUACACUGAGCAUCGUGGCUUCAUAUUGUACUGUCUUGCCACGGUUUGAUUCUUCUGCCCAGUAUUUAUCAUAAC